AUGAAUUUGCAUAAUCUGGCACUAGGUUCCAAGCUGGCGUGGAAAAUGUACAAAUAUCCUCAGAAAAUUUGGUGCAAAAUUUUAUCCAGAAAAUAUCUUGAUUCCACAAAACCGGAAAGAAUUUUCACAUUAGCGAAUUCGAAGGGAGGAUCCCCUAUUUGGAGAUUUAUUUGGGAAAGUAGAAGAAUUAUAUCGGAACAUUUGACUUGGAAAAUUGGUAACGAUAAAAAGGCAAGAUUCUGGAGAGAUUCUUGGAAUGGAGAUACUCCUCUGGCUGAGGCGUUUGAUGACCAAGAUUGGGUCAAUCAAGUGGAAGCUUCAGUUGGCCCAUUUGUGGCAGAUUAUAUGCAUCAAAUGCCCAAAUCCACAACUUUGAUUAUUUGGAAGAAGGUGGGAGAUUGGAAUCAGGCAAAUGGUAAGAAACUGGAGGAACUGCUCAUUAAUAAAAAGAAGAUUCACUACAAUUGUGAAGAGGACAGUCUGAUAUGGUGUGUGGCCAAGUCAGGUAUGUACAAAGUACAAUUGGGAUAUGAGUUACAAAGGCAUAGAGAGAAAGAUACUAAGUGGCCUGGUGCACUAUGUUGGAACAAAAGUGUUCUUCCUAAGGCGGGUGUUUUUUUGUGGAUUGCAUUACAUGGUCGUAUUCUUACAGGGGAGAGACUUAAAUUAAGUGGCAUCUCAUGUCCAAGUAUAUGCACGCUAUGCAAGGGGGAUGGAGAGAUGACUGAGCAUUUUCUCUUUUGGUGCCCUUACGCAAAGCAGUGUUGGGAUUGGCUACUUGGUUGUUUAUAG